AUGCGACGGGGAAUGAACAAUCAGCAACACGAUUUGCCUGUGUCUUUGCCUUGUGAAUUCUGUGGAUCGCUGAUUCAGCAAGAUGCACUUGAUGCUCAUCAACGUGAAUGCCAGUGUCUAGAGGAAACAGAAGAUUCUCAAAUCCCUCUCGUUGUAGAAGAUAGGGACGGUGCGUUUCGUGAAAUGUUACGAAGGCCUGACAAUUUCACAAGCUCGAACUCGCAUGACAAUAUCGAAACCGAAAGUGAAGACAACAGCAUUGUUGCUCUGCCUUGUGAAAUCUGUGGCGAACUGUGUCCAUCUGAUAAAUUGAUGGAACACCAGGAACAAUGUAUCCGAGAGGGAGAAGGCGUUCAGGGUUCUGGUUCAGCCUCUGAAAACGAAGAACCUUUGCACAGAAGCGAUCGACCUCGCUUGUUGUUCUAGAGGUUUCAUCAGAAUCCGUUGGACAACGGGAGAGAAGAUGACCCCUUCACUUUUGCGAAUUUUACAAUGGAAGGAGCCCCUUACGAUCUCAUGGCAAACAUUUUCUGCGACCUGGAUGAUGGACGAUGGCCAUUUGAAAUGAUGAGGAAUAUGUGGUCGUGA